AUGGGCCUUCUAACUAUCACGAAAAAAGUAAAAUCAAGUGAAAAGGAACUGCGUCUACUUAUGGUUGGGUUAGAUAACGCAGGGAAGACGACCAUAGUGAAACGUAUUAACGGAGAGGAUGUCAGCACCAUAAGUCCCACUCUUGGUUUCAACAUCAAGACUAUGAGCUUCCUUGGCUAUCGGUUGAACAUUUGGGAUGUCGGCGGUCAGAAGACUCUGCGAAGCUACUGGCGGAACUAUUAUGAAGCAACCGACGGUUUAGUGUGGGUUGUUGAUAGUGCAGAUGGGCGUCGGAUGCAUGAUUGCAAAGAAGAGCUGCACACGUUAUUGUCUGAGGAAAAGCUUGCAGGGGCGUCUCUUCUAAUUUUAGCAAAUAAGCAGGACAUCCCAGGAGCGCUCUCCAAGGAUGAAAUCGCGGUAGUACUAGGCUUAGAGACCAUGGAGAAACGUCAUUGGCAUAUUGAAGGUUGCAGUGCAUUAACUGCAGAGGGGCUCCUUCAGGGAUUCAAUUGGUGUAUUGGAGACAUUGCAGCAAGGAUAUUUAUGUUCGAAUAA